GAUUCGAUCCUCCUGCUCUUGAGUUGACUAUUGUCGCAACAACGGGGCUUGAUAGCACCAUUAUAGGAGCUAUCCAAGAAAUGAGAACGCGCAUGAACCUUGGGAGAACGGUAUGAUGCCCAGCAAUAGGAGGUGUAACGCAAUACGCAUGCGGUUGACGGGCAAUGUCAUGAUGAUGGGAAAAAGUAUAAGUACCCCAUACUUGAGCACUCAGCAGAUCACAGCAGCUUCAACUUCUCUCUCUCCCUUAACUUCUCCUACAAGAUGCUCACCAAAUCGAUCUUGUCUGCUGCACUGGCCGGUUCGGUCCACGGCCUUAGCAUCAGCUUGCCUCCCCUGAUUCCAUCGAUUCCAGGAGUCACUGAGCCUCUCUCGAAGAAUGCUCCGCCUCUUCCCAUUCUCCAAGUCCCCACGCCACCUCUGGAGAGCCCUCCUUUCGUCGGCAACCAGACCAUCAAGCCCAAGAAAAUCGGGUAUUUCUGGACUGCUUCCGGUGACAACCAGCACAAGGACUUUCUGGCCACAUACUCGCUGGACGAUGAUACCUUUGGGACUCUGCUCUGGGUGACAGAUGUGCCAUCCAGCGGCAACAGCCCGCAUCAUCUGGGCCCCUCGCACGAUGGAAAGACGCUCGUUGGAGGUGGGCUUCUGUCCCUUCUCAAGAGUCAGGAUACUGCUUUCUACUUUGAUACCAGCAAUCCCUAUCAACCCAAGUUCAAGAAGAGCAACCGCGGUGUCUUGUCCUCGAUUGUCGAUGAGAUCAGGGCGAAGCCAGAUGGUGGCUUCUUCAUCACUUAUAUGGGCUCUGCUGUGGGCACUUCCCCUGGUCGCCUUGUGGAGACUGACGCCAACGAUAAUAUCAUACAUGAGUGGCCCGAAGAUGUGGACUCCACGCUCAACAUCCUGGGCCAGCAGUUUUCCCCGCACGGUCUUACCAUCGACUGGGAGAAGAAAAUCAUCCUCACCUCCGACUUUGUCGUCCCCGCCAGCAUCCUAAAGCCUGUUGCCGCCGCUGGUAUCCAGAAGGCCAACACUCUUCGUCUCUGGGAGCUCGACAGCCGCAAGAUCAUUUCGACCAUCACCAUUCCCAACGGCCAAGGCAUUCAGGACGUCAAGUUCAUUCCUGGUCACCCCGAAUCCGCUGCCCUUGCCACCGCCGUUGGCCCCGGCCAGGUGUGGGUUAUCUAUCCUUUCCGUACGAAUCCUCAGGGCCAGCGCGGCGUCGCCGAGCUCCUUUACGAUCUCGGUCCUCGCGCCCGCGACAACCUCGCCAUCUACUCCGACAUCUCUGACGACGGCAAAUUCGCAUACUUCACCCUCACGCUCGGAAACCACGUUGCCGCCCUCGACAUCUCCGACCUCAACAACGUCAAGCGCCUCGAUAACCCGGAUGAGGAUCAGGGUAUCAUCGGCCCUCACUACGUCAAGGUCUCGCCCGACAAGAAGAACCUGCUCGUCACGGAUUACUUUGUGCAGACUGGCGAUAUCGGCAUUGUGAAUACCCCUGCCGACUUCAAGGCCCAGUGGAUUGAUAUCCUGCCCAACGGCGCCUUGCGCUUCAACCGCAGCAUCGACUUCCAGAAGGAGUUUGCCAACAGGGGUGGCGCGAAGCCGCACUCUUCGGUUAUCUUCGACCUCACGGAUCCGCAGAAUCCGAAGUAUUACUGAGGGGUGUUCCUGACGAUGGACGCUGUACAGUGAAGACGGGGCGGGAGUUGGUGCCUUAGUGAUAAUAGGUGUGGUGUUCGAACGGAAGGGUGCAGGCUCCUGACAU